AUGGACUCUGCUCAUGAAGUCCGCAUACUUGCGGACAGGCUUAUAGACCUUGAGCUGGACAAUACACGAGCAAGGUCACGGCAUGUCCCUUGUCACCAGUACAACCCAUGGUCGUCAAACGGAGGGGGAAUUCACAUAUCCCACGAGCUCGGCGGAUGCAUCUUCUUGCCCAGCGAUGUCUCGACCCCGCUCCCCAAAAAUGCACAAGACCUCCAUGAAACCAUCGGUGUACGGCAUAACGAUCUACAAUCAUCGAUUCAGUCGUUAUCAGACCACCAGCUUUUGGCUUUACAUGAUUUACUGGACAAAGAGAUUGACGACUACGCCUCUGACGAUGAAGCUCUGACUCUAGGAGGUGGUAUUUUCGGCUCCGUGGGUACCGAGAGGCCUAAGGUUGUUCCGCAGUCAAUUCGCAACGGCCUCUGGGUCAAAGAAAAGGCUCAACAGGUUGCCCAAAUCAGACUGUCAACUUUCCGUGCAUCCCCGCUUCUCGCCAGCGAGUGCUUCAAUGUCGUCCUCAUCCACCUCGACAUGACAGGAAGAGUGGUCUCAGAAGAAUCAACCUGGCCCAACUGGGCUAAUUUUGAAGGGUUCACGAAACGGAUAGAAAGGAAUUAUGUCUCCCUGUCAGGCCUGAAGGGUGACUAUUUGGCGAGGGUUCAACAGCACUAUCUUCUCAGAAUCGACAGGGUCGUCCGGUCUCAACCGAAUCCUCCGCAAAGGGCAGCCGCCACCUUGUACCAGAAUUGGCUUAGGGAUCUUGACAUGCAGAAAGACAUUUGGGAGCACUUCAAGGAACUCGAUAGCACAUACGUCUUUGCUAAGAUGAAGACAGAGGGCCGGGUGGAGGGAAAGUCCAUCGCCAUGGCAAAGCUUUGGCAAAUAAAACUAAGAAAGCUGCUGCCCGAUAUUCGGAGGCUGGAGGGUAGAGUACCCCUAGAAACUCCGGCUUUGGACGAUGCAGAGACCGCAUUCAGCAUCGGCUUGUUGCUCGAGGAACCCAUUGACUCUAGUCAGCUCGCGUCAGUUGUGGAACAAACAAAGGACUGCAAGCACGAAGACAUAAUGGAAGAAGACUAG